CCUCCCGCGUGCGCCCGGGGACCCGCGGCGGCGAGGAUGGAGAGGGGGCCGCCGCUCGCCGGCGCCGCGCUCGCCCUGGCGCUCGCCCUGGCCGGCGCUUUCCGCAAUGAUAAGUGUGGUGGUACUAUAAAAAUUGAAAGCCCUGGGUAUCUGACAUCUCCCGGUUAUCCUCAUUCUUACCAUCCAAGUGAAAAAUGUGAAUGGCUGAUUCAGGCUCCAGACCAAUACCAGAGAAUUAUGAUCAACUUCAACCCCCACUUCGACUUAGAGGACAGAGACUGCAAGUAUGACUAUGUGGAAGUCAUCGAUGGAGAAAAUGAAAACGGGCAUUUAUGGGGAAAGUUUUGUGGGAAGAUUGCCCCUUCUCCAGUAGUAUCUUCAGGGCCAUUUCUUUUCAUCAAAUUUGUCUCUGACUAUGAGACACAUGGUGCAGGAUUUUCCAUCCGAUAUGAAAUUUUCAAGAAAGGUCCUGAGUGUUCUCAGAACUAUACUGCACCCAGUGGGGUGAUAAAGUCCCCCGGAUUCCCCGAAAAAUAUCCCAACAGCCUCGAAUGCACUUAUAUCAUCUUUGCGCCAAAGAUGUCUGAAAUUGUCCUGGAAUUUGAAAGCUUUGACUUGGAACUGGACCCCAAUCCUCCAGGCGGCAUGUUCUGUCGCUAUGAUCGCCUGGAAAUCUGGGAUGGAUUCCCUGAAGUUGGUCCUCAUAUUGGACGUUACUGUGGACAGAAAACGCCAGGCCGGAUCCGUUCCUCAUCGGGCAUUCUAUCCAUGGUUUUCUAUACUGACAGUGCAAUAGCAAAAGAAGGUUUUUCAGCAAACUACAGUGUCUUGCAGAGCAGCAUCUCAGAAGAUUUCAAAUGUAUGGAAGCUCUAGGCAUGGAAUCUGGAGAGAUUGAUUCCGACCAAAUCACAGCUUCGUCUCAGUAUAGCACCAACUGGUCUGCUGAGCGUUCCCGACUGAAUUAUCCUGAGAAUGGGUGGACUCCUGGGGAAGACUCCUACAGAGAGUGGAUACAGGUGGACUUGGGACUCCUGCGCUUUGUCACUGCUGUAGGGACACAGGGUGCCAUUUCUAAGGAAACUAAGAAGAAAUACUAUGUCAAGACUUACAAAAUAGAUAUCAGCUCCAACGGAGAAGACUGGAUCACCAUAAAGGAAGGAAAUAAGCCUGUAAUCUUUCAGGGAAACACUAACCCCACAGAUGUUGUGUUUGGAGUUUUCCCCAAACCCCUGAUAACGCGAUUUGUCCGAAUUAAACCCACAACAUGGGAAACUGGCAUAUCUAUGAGAUUUGAAGUGUAUGGCUGCAAGAUUACAGAUUACCCAUGCUCUGGAAUGCUGGGCAUGGUGUCUGGACUUAUCUCUGACUCCCAGAUUACAGCUUCCAACCAAGGGAACCGAAACUGGGUGCCAGAAAACACCCGCCUGGUGACCAGUCGCUCUGGCUGGGAACUGCCGUCAGCCCCGCACCCGUAUGUCAAUGAGUGGCUGCAAGUGGACCUGGGAGAGGAGAAGAUCGUGAGAGGCAUCAUCAUCCAGGGCGGGAAGCACCGGGAGAACAAAGUGUUCAUGAGGAAGUUCAAGAUUGGCUACAGCAACAAUGGCUCAGACUGGAAAAUGAUCAUGGAUGACAGCAAGCGCAAGGCUAAGAGUUUUGAAGGAAACAUCAACUAUGACACACCUGAGCUCCGAACAUUCCCUCCUCUUUCCACACGAUUCAUCAGGAUCUACCCCGAGAGAGCCACUCAUGGUGGACUGGGGCUAAGAAUGGAGCUGCUGGGCUGUGAAGUGGAAGCACCCACAGCUGGACCAACCACUCCCAAUGGGAACCCAGUGGAUGAAUGUGAUGAUGACCAGGCCAACUGCCACAGCGGAACAGGUGAUGACUUCCAGCUCACAGGUGGCACCACGGUGUUGAGCACAGAGAAGCCCACGAUGCUAGACAGCACAAUUCAAUCAGAGUUUCCAACAUAUGGUUUUAACUGUGAGUUUGGCUGGGGUUCUCACAAGACGUUCUGUCACUGGGAACACGACAAUCAUGUGCAGCUCAAGUGGAGUGUGCUCACCAGCAAAACAGGACCCAUUCAGGAUCAUACAGGAGAUGGAAACUUCAUCUAUUCUCAAGCUGAUGAAAAUCAGAAAGGAAAAGUGGCCCGCCUGGUGAGCCCAGUGGUUUAUUCCCAGAACUCCGCCCACUGCAUGACCUUCUGGUAUCACAUGUCUGGUUCUCAUGUGGGCACACUGAGGGUCAAACUGCGCUACCAGAAACCCGAGGAGUAUGAUCAGCUGGUGUGGAUGGCCAUUGGUCACCAGGGAGAUCACUGGAAGGAAGGGCGUGUUUUGCUCCACAAAUCUCUGAAAUUGUACCAGGUGAUUUUUGAGGGAGAAAUCGGAAAAGGGAACCUUGGUGGCAUUGCCGUGGAUGACAUUAGCAUUAAUAACCACAUUUCACAAGAGGACUGCGCAAAACCAGCAGACCUGGAUAAAAAGAACUCAGAAAUUAAAAUUGAUGAAACAGGGAGCACCCCAGGAUAUGAAGGCCACGGGGAUGGUGACAAGAACAUCUCCAGGAAGCCAGGCAACGUGCUCAAGACCUUGGACCCCAUUCUCAUCACCAUCAUAGCUAUGAGCGCCCUGGGGGUCCUUCUGGGGGCUGUCUGUGGGGUGGUGCUGUACUGUGCCUGUUGGCACAAUGGGAUGUCAGAAAGGAACUUGUCUGCCCUGGAGAACUAUAACUUUGAACUUGUGGAUGGAGUGAAGUUGAAAAAAGACAAACUGAAUACACAGAAUACCUACUCAGAGGCAUGAAGGUGGACAGAGGCGAGAAGACGCGGGGCGUCAGAGGACUGUAGUAGAAGGAAAAGUGGCGCGUGUGGGGAACUGUGUGCUAUCUGCUUUCACUGUCCGGGCUGGGAAUAAGUGUGUUGAUGACGCCGAGCCAGGCUUUUCUCAGGAGCUUCAAUGAGUAUGGCCGACAGACGUGAACAAGUGAGCUGUGUUAAACAAUCGGAAUUGUGCACAGUCAGCUUUCUUCUCUUGGUUUCAUUUGGAUAAUCAGAUGCUGGUGUUGAGACCAAGUGUAAUUGACUUACUGAUUCAUUUCAAUUCCUCCUUCCCCUUCUCUCUCUCCUCUUCCUGUGAUGGAUUCUGUUCAGAAACUGCAAAAUCCAAGAUGCUGGCACCAAGUGUAUUCAGUGGGGCCCCUCUGAUGGACGUGCUACCUGUAGCCCAGUGCCCAGAACAUAUUAGCGUCACUGCAUUCCAGUGGACUUCUGAAGUUGUUCCUGUGUGUAAUUUACCCACGUCGUGCAUAGGCAAAGAGGGAUUAGGAUGCUUUAUUUUAAAAAGUACUGUAGGCUCAGUACUGAUCUAGUGUGUCAGCUCUGUUUACGAAGCAAUACAGUCAACUUUUCUUGAUGUUUUCCAGUGUUGUACUAAAAUCUCGUGCUUGUGACCUCCACACCCCACACCGAGCCAUCCCUAGACCCCACUGGCACCUGAGUGCACUGCUGACAACCACAACAAAAAGUCCUUGGCACUGGCUAGUCUCUGUCCUCUCAAGUGCCUUUUUGUUUGUACUGGUUUGUUGUAUUCCAUUCCCGAUCCACUCUGUUUCUCGCUAGGGAAAGCCCUCCUCACAAAUCAAACCUGGUGGCCCACUGACUACAAAGAAAGUAUAUUUUAGUGUGAGACGUCAGCCCCUCCCACCCGGGAAAGGCAAGGGCUCUGAAGAUUUGGCAAUGUGGCUUAAUUGUUCUGCUUUUUUCUAUAGUUCGAUUUCAUGUCUCUUGACCCUUUUGUAUAAAGCUGCAAUAUUCUCUCUUAUUGUUCUUUCAUAUGGAAUGUAUUUUCAAAUGUAAACUCUUGGCUCUUUCCUCUCUCCCUCUCUCUCUCUCUCUCCCUCUCUCUUUCUCUUUCUGUCUCUCUCUCUUUCUCUGUCUUUUUCCCCUCUUAGAAUUUAAGCAUUUGCCAUUGUCCAGAAAAGAACCUUGCAGCUUUAACCUGCUGGCGAUGGCAAACCAUUUUACUAGACUUUAUGUUUUAAAAUAAUUAAACAAAGGGGGAUUCCUAACUUUUCCCUCCAAAGUCUAACUUUGGUUUUCUUGUUAACUGGUUAAAGUGACAGUAUCUUUUUUCCUUAAGCCAUUUGUCUGUCAGUCAUGAUCAGAGUGAUGUGUGAUGUUUGCAUUUAAUGGGAAUAGUGAUAAGUUGAGGGAAGAAAAUCAUGCUAAUUAGACUUCAAGUCAGUCCCAAAAGAAGGAAGGAAUAAAACCUUCAAAAUAUAUAAAUAACAUGGAAUUUUUACAUCUAAAUAUGCAAAAAUGACCCAUGAGAACCUUCUUUUUUUAAUAUUGAGUCAGACAAAGGAAAUGGAAUGGAGAACAGUUAAUUUAAGAAAGAAACUAUAAAUCCUAAUGUCUAGGGGUAAAGUAGUUUAAGAUAAGGGGAAAGGGACAUAUAAUAAACAAAUGUCUAUUAGAAACCCAUUCAACAGCAACCUUAAAAAAAAAAAACAGUUGAAUGAAUGCUUCUAGAAACUUCUAAUAGCUGACACAAAAGCCUGCCUUGGGCUGGUAAGACCAAAGCCUCCCUCAGCACAGAGAAAUAAAUAUCAUACAGACAGCAUAUGAAAUAACCCAAAGAAGCUCUGGUUGCUUUCAGUGUAUUCUUGUGCUAUGUUCAAUGCAAGGCUUUUUGGAUCUUUCUCCAUUCCUGAGUUGCUGUAGAUCUCACUCAGAUACCUUUGUUGGCAGUUAUAUUUGCAUUCUGAAUGGCAUAGUACAGUCAUCUUGGUUUAAUUGGAUUGAGAAUUCCUUUGGUUCCAGGAAAGUAUUGAUCAGCAAGAAAGAAGCAUAGACUUUUUUUUUGUUCCCUGGAGCAUUUAUUCCCUUGUAAUCAUACCAGGAGAAAAAGCAUUAAGUAAGACUAGAUUUUGUUUUUAAGGCAACAGAUUUAUUAAAUGUUGUUCCCGGCCAAGGAAAAAUGAUACUGCAACUUUAAAUUUUAAAGUAUCUUGCACUGAUAAAUAUAUUUAAGAAUUAUAUGUUUAUAAAGUUAUUAAUUUGUAAAGGCAGUGUUACAAGAUGUUCAGUUUAUAUUGUUUUAGAUUGUUUAGUAAUUUUUAAAGGUGUAAAAUAACAUAUUUUUUCUUUAUUGAAAUCUAUAAAACUUUCUGUAGUAAAAUUUUUUCAUUUUACUGGUAUAUUAUUGCUUCAUGUUUUGUACCAUCAUAAAAUUUUGUGCAAAUUUUUUUUACAGAAUUUUUAUUUUCUAUGACAAUAUGACACUUGUAAAUUGUUGUUUCAAAAUGAACAGCGAAGCCUUAACUUUAAAUGACAUUUGUAUUCUCAGACUGAGUAGCAUAAAACCCACAUAGAACUGAACUGUAACUUAAAUUCCAAACUAUGACUACUACAUUCCAAAGAAACAGUUGAAUUAAACAUUUUCAUAAAAUA